AUGGCCGAUGAACCUCUCCCCCAACGCGACCCCAAGACCCUCCUCUCCGCCCUCCUAACCCUUACCGAAGCGCGCAUCGUGCCCCUAACACAACGCGGCGUGUCGUCCGGCAGCAAGCUCUUCGGCGCCGCCAUCCUCUCCUCGCAAACCCUCGAGCCCUAUACCGUCGCGACCAACGACGAACGCACCUCUCCGCUGCUGCACGGCGAGAUCAACUGCAUCCAGCAGUUCUUCACAACCACCCACCCGGACCCGGCCACGCGCCCGUCGCCGCGGACCGACUGCCUCUUCUUCGCGACCCACGAGCCCUGCUCCCUCUGCCUUAGCGGCAUCACCUGGUCCGGCUUCCGCGAGGUGUACUACCUCUUCACCUACGAGGACAGCCGCGACCUGUUCGCGAUCCCGCACGACAUCAACAUCCUGGAGGAGGUAUUCCGCGUGCGCGCCGAGGGCGAGGGCGACGAGGCGCUCGCGCGGCGGGAGCUGUACAACCGCACCAACAAGUUCUUCACGGCGCGGAGCGUGGCGGACCUGGUGAGGGAGCUGCCCGACGAGGGGGAGCGGGCGCACUGGACGGCCGAGGUGGAGCGUGUCAAGGGGCUGUAUAACGCGUUGAGUGACACGUACCAGGAGGGCAAGAAGGCCGGCGCGGAGAGCUCGAGCGUGUGGAAGUGA